AUGGCACGAAAGUCGGAGCGACUGUCCGAAAGCACAAAGUCUACUCCAGCGCACAAACGGGCUGCCUCCGCGACUGCUAUACCAAGCGCUGAAGUCAAGCGGCCAAAGACUGCCAAAUCCACUCCGAUGGAAAGUCAGUAUUUCGCAGACGAUAAUCCCAACAAGAAGAUAACUGGAGAUAUUGGUGAUCAAGACGACGACGACGAGAGCUCCGUGGAGGAACCUGUUUCUGCUUCUGAUUUUGAUGAAGACGAAAAUCGACCCGAGUCUAGUGAUCCAGAGGAAGACGAUGACUACGACAGCGAGAAGGAGCAAAGCUCGAAGCGAAAGUCCGUGUCUCGCAAAGGCGCCAAGUCUUCUCCUGUGAUCAGGACCAAGGUCUCUGCGGUUUCGAAAGCGGGCGAGAAGACUGGACUUGCUCCUGGUACUCAGCUGAUCAUAAAGAAACCAAAAGCUCGACCCGCGGGCAAAACGCAUUACGUCGACGAAAAGUUACAUCCAAACACGUUCCUUUUCCUACAGGACCUCAAAGCAAACAACAACAGAUCAUGGCUAAAAAUGAACGACUUGGAGUUUCGGCAAGCUGAGAAAGAUUGGCAUUCGUUUGUGGAAGCACUGACGUCCAGGCUCUCCGAAAUCGAUGAUACCGUGCCCGAGCUGCCAGUAAAAGAUGUCGUAUGUAACAAUUGA